CUCCUUCUUUGCUUACAACAACAUACACACACACGUAGUUUCGCACCCUUAUCAUGACGAGAAAGGUGGUCGUUAGGGUUCCCAACAUGAACAAAAACCCCAAGUGCCGUACCAGAGCCUUGACGAUCGCAGUUUCUGUUGCAAGGGUUGAGUCGGUGACUAUAAUGGAAGAGAAGAACGAGAUAGCAGUGACCGGCGAAGGGAUCGACGCUGUGACGCUGGCGUGCUUGUUGAGGAAAAAAGUGGGGUUUGCCGACGUCUUGAGCGUCGCCGAUGUUAAACCUGACAAGAAGAACGAACCUUCUCGCGACGGAAGUGGAGCUUUAGCGACGACAAAUAAUGUGCCGGCGAUUGGUUGGAGAGACGGUGCUAAUUAUAAUUGCUAUUAUAAUUAUGUGUAUGGUCAUCCACAUAAUUGCCCGUACCAUCACCCUUACUAAAUACGCACACAUAUACAGUUAUACGACUACCAAUAUAUAUAAGAAUUAAUCGGUAUAUGUAUGGCAAAGGCAGCGUGGCGUAUGCUGUACACCUGUGUGCACGUUUGGUUUUUGUACUUCAAUAUAUUUUGUUGAAUCAAAACCGUCGGUUAUUGUUUUUUAGAUAAAAUGAAUUUUGUGGUUUGAGUUAGAGAAUUAGGAACUGGAGUUCACCCAUUAGAAUUUAGGGUAUAAUAUCAUGUUCCAAACUCUUGUUUUAUUCGUGCACUAAAUAGUAAAACUCAACGGACGACGUACAUACCGAGAGUAGUCAAGCAGCGUACAUACCGUGUGAUUGAGCAAGUAUGUUUGUAAAUGAUGAACAUGAAUAAUGAUUGAGGAUCUUG